GUGGUUGCUAGAGCAACUGAGUUGGCGUCACCACUCUCUACUUUCAAUUCCAUGACUUCGCGUUUCUUCUCGUGGUCUCAAGAAAAUUGCACGCCCAGAGAGAAAUGACAUGUUUAUGAGGAAGAGUUCCGCUUAGGUUUUUGUUUUCUGUUUUUGUGUAUGUUGGAGCGGUCGCCGCAAAGCUGGACCUGAGAGGAGGAGGGCGACAUAGCUGUGUCCGCUCGGUUGUUCCCCAGCUUCGGCCAACAUGGCCGAGGAUGACAGCGAGUGGAUUAUAGAGAGCAUCGUUGGCUACCUGGGAAGUCCUGAAUGGGUUAUCCCUGUCACGGACUUUAUGGAAAACAAAUGCACAGUUUUUGACGAUGAAGAUGAAAAUAAGCUUUCAUACACAGAUAUCCAUCAGCAGUAUAAGAAACUGGUGGAGAAGCUGCUGGAAAAUUAUAUGCAGGAGGUUGGCAUCAACGAGCAGCAGUUCCUGGAUGCAUGCACCUCUCCCUUUGCCAAGUCCAAAUCUUUGCAGGCCGUGUUCCAGCCAGUUCUGGCUACAGAUGACUUUCAGAUGUUUCGCUCACUGAUGGUUCAGAAGAACACAGAGCUGCAGCUUCAAGCCCUUCGAGUCAUAAAAGAACAAAACGGGGCCCUCCCAGAGUGUCUGACCGAUGGGGUUGAUGUGAUGACAGAGUUGCAGCAGCAGGAGAUGAAAAUCCUGGAGGAUGUUCUAAAAAAGUCAAAGGAAGAGUAUGAUGAGGAGAUGUCCAGAAGGCUGCUAAUAGAGAAACAAAUGGGUUCCACUUCCAGCAGCUCCUCAGACAAGCCAAAUAAAGGAGAUGAGGCUCGGAGCGCAGCGUUAACUUCAAGCAAACAGAGCAAUACUUCCAAACCCACAUUAGGUAGCAGCGUUCAACCCAAUCUUCUUCCAGCUGUUAGAGCUCCAACUAAAUCUAGUGAGUCCUCUGAUGCGAACAGGCAUCAAGCAGAGGAGCAGAGCAGCAGCACGGAGGCUGCAGCAGAGGCCUACCUGGAGGAGGCACACCGGGAAGCUGGAUUCUCUAAGCCAUACACUGAGCUGUCACCGUCACAGCAGGAGCAGCUCCAGCAAAGGGCAGCGUAUUUGCGUCAGCAGAGAGACAAGCUUCAUGCCCUGAAAAGAGAAAAGCAGAAAAGUAGACAGGCAGCUGAACCAGAGGAGCCAUCACACACUCCUCCACUAGAACCCGCCACCAAUUUGGAGGGAGUGGGACAGCCCCAGAUGAAUGGGGACAGCUCCCCUCUUCCUGCUUCCAUUUCUCCAACCCAACACGCUCCCAACUCUACCAAACAGGAGAUAUCUGCAGAGGAGAAGAAGAAACUCCAGAAGAGAAAGCACCUGGCCGACAAACUGAAGGAGGAAGUAGUCAAGAAAUAACUCCAACUCUGUACGCAAUAAGUUAUCCUGUCUCUUCUCAGAUCUGAACACUUCAUGCUUUGUACUCACUUGUAAUUCACUGUAUAUAAAACCUUUUUUGUUUUUAUUUUCAUAAGACCGAAAGGUAGCUAAAUCGACUCUAUUUUUUCAUGCCGUCCAAAGUGGUGCGUUUUAUUUUGGGUUGUGGGUAAACAGCCCUAAACUUCAGGUUGACUGAAGAAAUUUGAAGAUAUCAAGCCAACUAAAUUAAGAGUGUAGCUGUAUCCUGCUCAAUGAUUGGUCAAAAAUCACUCCCUAGUUCUGGAUGUAGUGCAUUCAUUUUCUCACCAUGUUGGAAUCCAGUUCCCAUUUGAGGAUGCUUAUGUUUAUUUAUCCUAAAAUGUCAUAAUGCAUUCAAAUCUGUGUUCAUGGUUUGUAAAGUAGCUUGUAAAUAUCUCCAGGACUACAGCAAGCAACUCAUGAUCAGUUUUUCUUCCUAUGGAAAUACUGACCUUUCUUGAAUAUCCAUCCAUGUUAUUUUUUUCUACUUGUGAUUAUGUUGGAUACAGACUUUUAGAUUAGGUUAUUACAUUUUAAGUGUUUCGGCUCAAAAAUAAUCUGUUUACAAUCAGAGGAAGCAAAUUAAUACAUCACCAUUGGGAUGUUAGUAAAAAUGGGUGGUGUUGCUCCAUAUAGUGAUAAAUCACAGCUACAUCUUCCUAAUUCAGACCAUUAUGGUACUUAUUUCAGGAACUCAACUCAAAAAGUGAAUCUCAUCCAGGUUCAGUAAGUGAUAUAAAGAUAAUUUUUUUCUUUUGAUAGCUUAGGAAAUCCAAAUGAUCAUGUAUUGUUCUUGAAGAAACAUGGCAGUGCUGCAGGGUAUCUGCACCCAGUCAAAUUAGCAUCCAGUCAUCAUGAAUGAAGUCUAAUUUUCAUCUUUUAAACUAAAAUGUUUAUGAUGCACCCAAAAAAUGCUCUUAAAUCCCUUUUGCAGCAGUAAUAGAAGUUAUGGAAUAUUCAUAAGCACUGAAAACUAAACCUGUGAUAACAGCUUUGUUUAUGCUGGUGCUAGGUUUUGCAUGUUCUGCUUUUCAAAAGUUUCCAUUGGCAAGGAUCUUCUGUUCACACGGUUGAUCUUUAUCUUAGUAGAGUUCAAGGGAUUAACACUAAUCACAUAUUCCUAAAGGGGCCAACUAGGGGGACGUGUUGCUUUACAUAAUGCAGUAUUCGUCCACAAAGCAACCAGCAGUUUUCCCUAUAAGCAUUUAUGUUUCUGUGUAUGCAUGUUUAUGUAAUGCUGUUUUAAUAAAUCACAUUUUGUAGAAACACAAACUCCAGG